UGAUUCUAUCCUCCGAUCAGUGCGGCAGGAAAAGCGCAGAGGAGAAGACGCCGCGGAGAGAUAGAGGGAGAGAGGAAAACAGUUAGAAAAGAAAGGCGAGAACAACAUGGACACAGACAGCGUCUUUGGUUAAUGUGGGAAACUGUCCUCCGCUGCUGGACUGUAGCUUUUCCUCCUCUGGCGCACAGCUGCUCCGUUAUGUCGGACAUCCUGAGGUGAAUAAUGUCAGGGAAUGGAGGAAAUCUUCAGAAAUCCUGCUGAACUGCGUUGCGCUGUCAGGGUUUAAGGAUAUCACUAAAACAUAAGGACAUAAAGACGGAUGCUCAAGUAACAGAGGAGCGCCUUUUUGGUGUCCAACUCGUCGUGCUCUCCAACAAUCAAGGCCACGCUCAAAGUUUUUUUUUUUUUUUUUUUUCUGGAGAAGGGGAAAUUUUUGCUGCAUUGAAUUCCUCUGGACGGGAUGUCAUCCGCAGUCAGAAGGAAUUCCUCGGGCUGACAGAUCCUCCUGCUGCAGUGUAGCGGGAUCCGGAGAGAGAAAACAUGGGAGAUGCGGCAGAUGACAGGGGGAUGAGACAGACCUUCAUCGUCCCUGCCAUCAAAAGCUUUGAUCACUACGACUUCACCAGGGCCAAGAUAUCAUGCAGCCUGACGUGGCUUGUGGCCAAGGCUUUCGGCUCGGAUGCAGUACCAGAGGAGCUGGCUGAGCCUUUAUACAGGGACCAGUACAACCAGGAGCACCUGAAGCCUCCGGUGGCCUGCUUGCUCCAGUCUGCAGAGCUCUACUGUCGGGCGGGGAGCCUGAUCCUCCGCAGUGAUGCUGUCAAACCUUUACUGGGACACAACGCUGUCAUCCAGGCCCUGGCCCAGAAAGGCCUGUAUGUCACUGACCAGGACCGACUGGUCACUGAGAGAGAUCUGACCAACACGCCUAUACACAUGAGUUCCCAUCUGGCGCUCAUAGACACCCUGAUGAUGGCGUAUACCGUGGAGAUGGUGAGUGUGGAGAGGGUGAUGUCCUGCAUCAACAGGUACUCCUCUGCUGAACCCUCGCACAGUGAUGGACACAUCCAGGAGCUGCCUUAUGACACUGAGGAUGCAAUCACCACUUGGAUCAACAAGGUGAAUGAACACCUGAGGGAUAUCCUUGUCGAAGAGCAAAAGCUAAGAGAGGCUUCCUUCCAGGAGUCAAACACAACAGCACACAAAUCUCCUAGCAAAUGGUACUGGAGAUUAGUACCUGCUCGCUACAGGAAGGAGCAUGCUCAGCAGAGGAGCGCUCCAUCGCUCCCCCUGGUGGAGAACCUGCUGAAGGACAACACAGACGGCUGUGCCCUGACCACCCUGCUGCACUUCUACUGCCCACAGGCCGUCAGACUGGAAGAUAUCUGCUUGAAGGAGACAAUGUCUUUGGCCGACAGUCUGUACAACCUCCAGCUGGUGCAGGAGUUCUGCAGGAACAACCUCAACCAUUGCUGCCACUUCAGCCUGGAGGACAUGCUCUACGCACAUGCAUCAAUAAAGAGUAACUACCUGGUGUUUAUGGCUGAGCUUUUCUGGUGGUUUGAAGUGGUUAAACCCUCAUUUGUACAGCCUAGAGUCUUCAACCCAAACGCCUGCCAGCCUGUAUCAUCCUGUAGAAAUAUGGCUCCUGUGUCCAGUCCAGUCAAACAGACCUAUGCAGACAGACCUAACAGCCCAGAGAACAUCCCAGCCGAGGGUGUAAUGGAGAGAUCUACCUCCAUGUCCUACGUGGAUGGCUGCGUGGGGACAUGGCCCAAAGAAAAACGCACCUCCUCUCGGGGAAUCUCCUUUGAGAUUCCUUUGGAUGGAGAACCGACUAUGCCGCUCUGUGAUGCUCCGUCCCUCCGCAGUAUGACCCGCUCAGCCAGCAGUGAUGGUCUUGGGUUCAAAGUUCACUUUGCAUCUCGAGGGGGCAUAAAGCGCCACCUCUCCCUCAUGCCUGUCAGUGUAAACGGCCAGGGCAGGCACAUACCAGAGGAGGAUGAGGACUUCCACAAAACCCUGGGGCGGAACAACACAUUUUCAGUCAAGAGCCAAAGCAGGUACUCUAAUGGAGUCCUCCCUGACAGCAGCCAACGCUCCAACAAUCACAAUGGCAACCGCAGUUGCCACAAUAGCCCAUCAACUCCUCCGAGCAUUGAAGAGGCCUUGAAGAUUAUCCACGACACUGAAAGGCCCCACGCCAGCCUGGGCGUGGAGGAUGGAGACAAUGGCUUCUUUCUCCACGGCGCGGAACCAUCCGACCCUCCAGGGGCCCAAGGUCAAGGAGACGACCCGGGUUCAGCUAAGGCUCGACUGAAUGACCACGACCCCAACUCUGUGUCCACUGAUGAAGUGGACACAGGCAUCCACGUGAGGACAGAGGACAUCCAGAGCUUGGAUGAGGACUCUUCCUCUCUGAGAGACUAUUCAGAUAUAGACCCAGACUGUGAGGCCAUGAUCCGGUCGUGCCCUCUAUCUGACCAGCCACAGAGGGAGAGAAGCAGGGAAGGAGGACAGAUGGGGGUCGGUGAGGCUAACUCCGAGGGUGAGAGGGGAGAUGGAGGUGACACGAGCAGCCCCUGUCCCAGUUCAGCACCCACACUCCCCAGGUCCCACACAGCCAGCCCCGCCUCAUCCUCUGGAGGAUCUGGAGGCAUGGUCCGGAUGACGAGCUUUGCAGAGCAGAAGUUCAGGAAGCUGGAGGGACGGAGUAGUGGAGGAACCACACCAGAGAGUUCAGAUCUCAAUGUGCCGUAUACACACCAGGCAAAAACAAUUUCUUCUCAGAUCUCUACACCUCCUUUGCCAAUCACAUCUCCCUCUCCAGUAACGCCUUCCCCCAGAGACCCCUCCCACCUGAUAGCAUCAGAGAUGAUUCACCUGAGGAUGAAGCUGGAAGAGAAACGGAGAGCCAUUGAAGCCCAGAAGAAGAAGGUGGAAGCAGCUUUCACCCGCCAUCGUCAGAAGAUGGGCAGAACAGCAUUUCUGAAUGUAGUGAGAAGAAAAGGAGUCACUUCCCCCCUCAGCCCCAGCUCGGGGGGAGCAGAAACACCUUCUCCAGAGCCUCUCACAUCCUCCAAGGGAACCAGCGAGGGCAGCAUGGAGUGGGCGGAGAGAUGCAAGCCAGAUGGAGCAGCUCCUAAAUCUCCCUGUGUGGACGGUGGAGGUGUGACUCCAGGAGAAAUCGACCUUGCAGAUUACACACGCUCCAUUGAGAGGCUGAACACGUCGCUAGGCUUCCUGCAGACCGAGAUGCAGCGUUUGGCCCAGCAGCAGGAGAAGAUCAUGUCCAUGAGAGAGCAGCAGCAACAAGCCUGGGUCAUUCCUCCUCCUGCUCCAUCUCCACACAGGCAGCUCCGUGAGUUGCGUAGCAGCAGCGUCACAGGCCGCGGAUCAGGCCGAGGCUCAGUUGGGUCCCUGUCUCCCAUCCUCUCUUCUUCCGGCUCUCCCCAUGCUCCCAAUCGUUCCCCUUCUGGCAUUAAGCGGCGACCAGCCUCCUUCCAUGCAAGGACACCCCGGACUCCACGACCAAAUGAUCUGAAGGUCACGCCUUUUAGUCGAAUGCUCAACACCCCCACCUCAGUGGACAGCCUACCCAGACUGAGGCGUUUCACCCCUAGCCACACCCAGCUCAGCGCGUUUGACUACAUGGGCCAUGAUGAGGGGCCAUGUGAAAGGAAGAAUCGUGAGGCCAGUGACAACAAAGAAAACACAAAGUACAAAGAAGAGACAGUGGAAAAGAAGAGUGCUGGCACUCCUCAGCCUUCUACUAACGAAGCAGCCAAAGAGAAGGAAGACGAGACACGGGAGGAAAUAAAACAGUCAGAGCAAGCUCAGUCGAAGAGUGUCGUUAAACAAACCUCAGAGGUGUUGUGUCAACCGGUGUCUGAGAUCCGGGUCAAGGGAGACCCUCAGGACAGAAGAGACCUGGUGGAGGUGCCUCUAUCUGGGCUGAAACCUCCAGGAGGAUCACCCCUUGGUCAGGAGAUGACAGGGGAGGGAGAGCCAGGAGACCAAAAGAUGUGCUGUGGAUUCUUCUUCAAGGAUGAUAUGAAAGGGGAAGAGGACAUGGCAGCAAAGAAAGCAGCUCUGCUGGAGAAGAGGCUGAGGAGGGAGAAGGAGGCUCAGGAGAAAAAACAACAGCAGGACCUGGACCAGGAGCAGAAGAAGGAAGCUGAACGGUUGAAAGCCGAGGAGGAGCUGCAGAAGAAGGAUGACGAGAAGGAAAGGAGGGAAUACAUCAGGAAUGAAUACAUGAGGAAGAAGCAGCUCAAGCUGAUGGUGGAAAUGGACGACGUCAUCAAGCCCCGAUCUGGAAGUCUCAAGAAAAAGCCACGGCCCAAGUCCAUCCACAGGGACGUCAUGGAGUCGUCCACUCCGCCUGUGAGAGCAUCGGGGGUGCGUCCUCGAGGCUUCUCCGUAUCGAGUGUUUCUUUGGCGUCUCUCAAUCUGGCUGACAACGACAGAGACCAGCCAAAUAACAGGAAGAACAACAGGCCAGACUCUGCAGAAGGUUUUUCUUCUUGUCCUUCGACCGGCAGUCGUAAUGGGGAGAAGGAUUGGGAAAAUGAUUCGACCACCUCAUCCACUCCCUCCAACGCUGAGUACACAGGACCCAAACUAUACAAGGAGCCAAGCGCCAAGUCCAACAAGCACAUAAUCCAGAAUGCCCUGGCUCACUGCUGUCUGGCUGGCAAGGUCAACGAAGGGCAGAAGAACAAGAUUCUUGACGAAAUGGAGAAAUCCGAAGCCAAUAACUUCCUGGUGUUGUUCCGUGACGCCGGAUGCCAGUUCAGGUCUGUGUACGCCUACUGCCCUGAGACAGAGGAGAUCACCAAACUGGCCGGCAUCGGGCCGAGGAGCAUCACGACCAAGAUGAUCGAGGGCUUGUACAAGUACAACUCGGACAAGAAGCAGUUCAGCCAGAUCCCAGCCAAAACCAUGUCGGCCAGUGUGGACGCCAUCACCAUCGCCAGUCAUCUGUGGCAAACCAAGAAGCAGGGGACACCCAAAAAACUGCACCCUAAGUAGUGCUAGAUGGCUGGGCAAGCUUUUGGCCACGCUUCUCUGGAAGGGUCACAGAAGAAUUAGUGGAUUUUACGUUUUCAUUAAAAGGACACACUCCCACUGUAAUAAAUCACAACUGGAAUGUAGAACACAAGUGGCCUCACGAAGUUGUUGUUACAAUACAGAGAUGACUGUUAGACUCUGGACUACUUUAACGGAGCGCAAGUGUGUACUUGUCAGCAUGUGUAUCGAUGUUCUCGUGUGCCAAAAAAGAGAAGAAAAUAAUAGGCGGAGCAAUGCCUUACCUAGUUGAACCACUGAAGCAGUGAAUGUCACGCCUCUGAGAGAGGCAGUUUUGGUUUCUUAAGUAGAUCAUGUGUGGCCUUAUGCUUGUUUUGUGUCAUAUGGAUGCGCUGUGAGUGUUGGUGUCAUUUUGUCAACGCCUGUUGAAAAAGUGUGUUGUGAUAGAGGAGAGGUUGUGUGUGCUCCCAGGUUGGGGAUCAGAUCACGCCCCCUCAAGCCCAGGUUGUUAAAAGGGUGGCCUGUCUGAUGUGUGAUCAGGCAGAGGCAGCAUUUUUGAUGAGAGUUUUGCUGCUACACAGGCAAGGUUUAUUUUUUUUGUUGUUGUUGUUUUUUUUUGUUUUUUUUACAUAUGACUGAAAACCUUUCAAUUCAAAUUCGAAGUUCAAAUUUGUGCAUCUGUGUGUAUAGUGAAGUGCCAAGAAGAGUGAGGAAAAUACCUCAGUUGGGGAUUGCAAUUACUUUCCAAAAUUAUUGAGCAUAUGGAGUACCAUCAAACAAUUCUGGAAAGCACCUGUAACGCACUCUUAAUUUAUUUAAUUUUGACAAUGCUUUGAAGAUAUUUUAAAAGGUGUCUUAGAUUUUAUUCAGAGAAACCUAAUAUACUAUACAUAUAUAAGUUAAUUAAUUUGUAUAUGAUGGCAGAUCCAUUCAAAAUGAACAAGUUAGCUUGUUGUAGCUUUUGAGUAGCUUUUAUAAUUUAUCACGUAUGUGUAUCAGUAUUUUGUCGUUUCCGGCCUUUUAAUGUGCUACAAAUGCAAAAAAGUGUGAUCACUCAACAGCAUCACUGAAAAGACUGUAAGUAGUAGAGUAGAUGGAAAUCCCACACUAUGUCACCAGUCUGUGCAAUUGAAGAGUAAUUUAAAUAAUCACCAUUGAACAUGUUGCAGUUGGAACUAACAAAUACUCAAAAUACCACAAUAAUGUGGAUAUUGUCUUAACUACCUAGUUCUUGAUUACCCUCAAAGUAGUCCACAAUUGUAAAUAAAUGAAUUCACCUAUGAUAGCACUUCAAGUCCCUGUGUCGCUGAGUCGUUUCCACUUCAGGACUGUCACGCUUGAUACUUUACUUUUUACAUUACUGUUACAUUUUUUAUCAUGUGUUCCUUCACUCUGUGUUGACACUGUACAGAUAUAUUUUGGCAUAUAGAAGUAUUUUUUGUAAUGACAUUUACCUGUGGGAGGUGUGUACUAAUGAAGCAGUACAGUUGUUGAAGGAAGUGUGUUGAAAGCAAAGUGUACCUGAUGAGGCAAGGUAUAUAAACCCUUAAUAAGGCUUUGUGGUAAGAAAUCCAUUAGGUAUACUGAGAAAUAUUAUUUCCAACUCUGAAUUGUAUUUUUUCCAACUCCGAAUUAAUUUUCUUUUCAAUUUACUAAAUAUGCUCGACUGUUCAUGGAUUUUUGUUUUUCUAUUCUUUUGAGCUUUAUUAAAAUGCCAGCUAUCAACAGCA